GCUCAAGGGCCACGUAAGAUAUUCGGUCCCUUGCCUUGUAUAUAAGGACAGAAAAUCGCCAGUUCCCUUUCUCUCUGCAAAAACUUCAUAACCCUAAUUCUCAGGCUUGGCCUUCAGGUUCUUUUGCUAGCGGUCGAAAUGGCGGAUUCUCCUGGAAAAAGGAAUUCACAAUCUCUUUCCCCAUGGAGAGAACAGUCAAGGUCUAGAUCAAGAUCCCACUCGAGGCCCAGAUCAAGGUCCAGAUCUAGAUCCUUGCCUCGACCAAGGCAUAGAUCACGGUCUCGAAGUCGUGGCAGAUCAAGAUCCAGAAGCCGUGGCAGGAAUGAUGCUAUAAAUAAUGGAACUACAUUAUAUGUGACUGGUCUGUCUACAAGGGUAACAGAAAGGGACCUAGAAGAACAUUUCUCAAAGGAGGGAAAGGUAGCAUCUUGUUUUCUUGUUGUGGAGCCCCGUACGCGCAUUUCUCGUGGUUUUGCUUUUGUUACGAUGGACAGUGUUGAUGAUGCAAACCGAUGCGUUAAGUAUCUCAAUCAGUCAGUUCUAGAGGGCAGAUAUAUUACGGUCGAGAAGUCACGGAGGAAACGACCCAGAACUCCAACACCGGGGCACUAUCUUGGGCUGAAAAGCAAUAGGGACUAUGGUUUUCGUGGAGAUCGAGGUAGAUAUCGUGGCCGUGAUGAUUAUCGGAGGUCUCCUAGGCGCUCCCCUUAUCGUGGGGGUCGCGAAUAUUCUCCCAGGCACUCCCCCACCUAUGGUGGAAGGUCGAGGAGGGAGAGGUCCAGAUCACCCUACUCUCCUCCUUAUCGUGGCUCUAGGUGAGGCCAUAUGGCCUAUUAUUCCAUAUAGGAAUCAUAGAGAUGUAGUGUUAACUGCUUAUGGGCUUUGAGCAGAUGAUUAUGUUGUUUGUAAGGCCUGAAAUGACUUGUUGCGUUCAUUUAGGACAUGUGUAGUUGUGUGUUGCUACUGAAACUCGUGGUUGAACAGUUGUUUAUGAAAUGGUACGCUCGUGCUUGGGGUGGUUCUUUCUUUCUA